AUGGACAAGGUCGCGAUCAACGAAGAGGAGAACGUUGGGAAACGUGCCAAAGUCAUUAGGCAUUGCGGAUUUUCGUCAUCCUCGUUUUUAUCUUCGUCACCUUACAACAACAACAAACCCGCAAAUAUCGAAUCCAUUCCCGUUGAACUCAUUCUACAAAUUCUAUCAUACCUAUCUCAGAAAGACCUUUCCAAUAUGAGUCGCGUGUCCAAGUACUUUGAAGGUAUCAUGCAAGAUCCCAUAGUUUGGCGCACGUACGAGGUGGCGAACAUUCCUUACGAGAACAUAUCCAAGAUAAUUGAGAAGCUAAGAAACAUGCCGUUCCUGAAGAAACUGACGAUCAAUUACAGAGAGGACAGCGACAAAAUUCUACGGCAGAUUUCGCUGACGAAUAAAAAUCUUGAGAAGCUUUACGUCUACUUUUGUAAAGGCUCACCUUCAAAGUUGCAUCUCCAUUCGCGUUAUUUGAAUCGCAUAUUAGAAAAAUGUCGACGUUUGAACACCAUCAAGAUUUUAGGUAGUUCUUUCUACGGACGAAAAUUUUACAAAUUGCUCGGUGACAUCGGCCUGAGGCUAAAGAGCGCCUCUCUACCGGCAACGCAUUCGCAAUUUACUACUUUUAUCAAACAUGCUCGACAGAUUUGCGACAAUGAUCGUUUAAAUGAUUGCGUGAAUGCGCACGUUUUUCUAUGGCAGAAACGUGCUCAAUUAUACUACUAUCGAAAAGCGACUCGAAGGAUAAAGAUGUUUUACCUUUCCGAGAAUCCAAUCUCAAUCAAUAUAACAGAGGAUGGGAAAUGGAUAUAUACUGCUUCAGAAAAGUAUAGUUAA